GCAGUUACCUUCCCCUUCCGGUACGUGUGGCAACAUGGCGCAUACGCAGUGUUUCCUGCUCCUUGCUUCUUAUUUAUUUUUCUCAGUUUCUGGUCUUUAUUUUCACAUAGGUGAAACAGAACGUAAAUGUUUCAUUGAAGAAAUUCCAGAUGAAACUAUGGUUGUAGGAAAUUACAAGGUGGAGAUCUUUGAUAAAAACAUAAAUGAUUUUGUGCCCACUGUAUAUGGGCUGGGCAUGCAUGUUGAAAUUAGAGAUCCUGAUGACAAGAUUAUUCUCUCCAGGACAUAUGCAGCUGAGGGUCGCUUUACUUUUACAUCCCAUUCAGCAGGCGAGCACAUAAUUUGUUUGAAUUCCAACUCAACAGCAUGGCUGUAUGCUGGACAACUGCGGGUCCAUUUGGACAUUUCUGUUGGGGAGCAUGCUGUAGACUACCAGCAGGUGCAGGCCAAGGACAAGCUUAGUGAACUGCAGCUAAGAAUACGGCAGUUGCUGGAUCAGGUGGAGCAGAUCACAAAGGAGCAGAAUUACCAGCGGUAUCGAGAAGAGCGUUUCCGACAGACCAGCGAGAGCACCAACCAACGUGUCCUGUGGUGGUCCAUUGCCCAGACCUUGAUCCUUCUCCUGACUGGCUUCUGGCAAAUGCAGCAUCUCAAGAGCUUCUUUGAGGCCAAGAAAUUAGUUUGAGUGCAUGGCAUUUGCACCCCACAACUCCCUUCCAACUUUGCCCCUUUGCCCCCCCCCCCCCCCCCCCCCCACACACACACACAGUCAACCUCACUUCAAGUUUUGUCACUCAAAAUGGGAUGGUACAUUGUGGUUUUAGUGAGCAUGAUCUCCUUCAGGGUUUUGUUCUAGAGAGUUUCAAAACAUCAUUUAAAACAAAGACACAUUUUAUUAUCAUUUUUAUUGUGCAAAUAAUGGACAUGAAUGUUAGUAGUGUUUGUAUCAAAUGAAUAAAGUGUGCUUCAACAUUAGGUAGUAGCCUUAUAAAAAGAAAUCUUACCUUAUUUAUAUGGAGGUUCAGGCUUUGCUUACAAAAUGUUUAACAUAAUAUUUUCUCCCUAGUACAUUACCUUUAUUGUGUUUUUUCCUUUAAAUCUAGGGCCAUUUUUCCCCCCCGUAAUUGUGUUUAUUUUUACAAUAGUUGUUUUUCUUCAACUGUAGAAUACUUUGCUUUCAUCCUAGAUUAUAAACAUAAGUCUAAGGCUGACUUGUCUCCAUGAUCAGAAAUAGAAAUAUAUGUGAGGUCUGUCUGAAUAGUAACAGGACUGGUGUUGCAAACAAUUUUAUGUCAAUUCCAAACAACAAACACCACAGUUUCCCAUUCAAAGUAAUCCCCCUUGAGGCUAAUGCACUUUUCCAUAAACAUGUCUAAGGCUGACUUGUCUCCAUGAUCAGAAAUAGAAGUAUAUGUGAGGUCUGUCUGAAUAGUAACAGAACGUGUACAGUGCAUUUUGUGUAUGUUUAUGUUUCACUUUUAGGUGUUUUCUGAAUUUGUAGUUUCUUCUUUCUAAAUUAAGAGUGUAAGUCAAACUUGGUUGAAGCAACUGGUGUACAUGCACACAGGAAAAGGGUUCAAAGCCCAGUCUUAUGCAACACAGUUUCAUUCUUUACAAUAGGAUUUCAAAAAGCAUCUCUUUUGUGGGAUGUGGAUGUGUUUUGUAUGUGUGAAUAAGAAUGAGAGUGUGUAUUUGUGCGACAUGUUUUUCAUCUUUACAGAUGUUGGAAUUUGUGGAAUGUUUUGCCAUAAAAAGAUGUAUUAAAGUAUCUUAUUGUCCAA